AUGGAUUUAUUAUGGAAAAAGGCUGCUCUUCCUAGUAUUGAAGACUUUGCUAAAGAUCUUAUUAUAAAGAAAAAUUUGACAACAGAACUACGUCGUUCGAUCCGUGCUUUACAAGAGGGCAAUUUAGAAAAUCCUGACAUUCCUGAUAGCGACGAGAGAGCGAACGCAUUGUGCUACGUUUUAGAGGCUGUAUUUAUCCAUGGCCUCAAGGAUAAAAUAUCCGCAAAAGUGUCUUCUGUAUUUGGUUCCAAUAGUGAGAAAAUACCUGAGCCACAGUUUUGGAGCGUAGUUGCAAAAUAUUGUCACAAAAAUGUGAUUUUGGAAGUGAACAAUUUCAAUCAAAUCACUACCGACAUUGGACGUUGUCGGGCUUGGUUGAGAGUUGCUCUCAACGAUGGGUUAAUAGUUAGUUACAUAGGAACAAUGUUGAAUGAUAAGGGCAGCCUGCAAAAGUAUUACAGUUCCUCAGCGUAUAUGCUGGACGAAGAGCAAUCCGACAUCAUGAAACAACUUUUAGAAGGAACUAGUGUGUUUCAUUUUGAGUUUUCUUGUAACAAUAGUUCUUUAAACGUUUGGAAUAAUUUGCCAUUAACUCUGGCAAAUUUAUGGACUCCACCAAUCACACCACAGCCUGUAAUGCCUGCAGUUGAAGUGAUCGACUUUUUCACAGAGCAAAAAACUCAAGCUGAAGUGUACAUCAAAACUGAGGCACUCAAGCACAAGGCUGAUAGGUCCUCCGUUGCAACACAAUCAGAUGCCACAGGAGAAGCAUCAUCCUCUGAAAGUAAAGACACAUCUGAAUCAGGUAGACAUCAUGAAAUAACAGAAACUUUAGCAGAGCCUCAUGACAUAAGUAGUCCAAAUGGGGCUGUCUCAACCCCUCCCAUGACAGAACUUACUCAAAGCAACGAAACAAAUAAUGUUUCGGACUACACAAAACUUCCAACCAUGCAGCCUAAUGUUCAUCAGCACGACGAGACUUGCUCAAAAAUUUCCUCUUCCGAUUCUGUUCCAGACUUUGUCAGGGAAAUAAGCGAUGAUUCUCCUGAUCACUCUACAAGGACUGGAUCGCUGGGAAACAAGCUCAACGAGAAAUGUGGCUGGUCAUCAGAGUUUGAGCAGGACCGGGAGCAGAAAGAAGCCGAUAUUGAUCAGAGCUAUGAUUCUCUCUUGCAGAGUUACAAUAAAAAUCUGAGCAAAGUUGUCAUUGGCACCCCGGAACUGGCAGAAACAUUUUCUUCCAUAAUGGGAAAAUCUGACGAAGACGAGAGUGAAGAUUUUUCCUCAAGUACAAAGUCUCCUGAUUUUGAUUUUGAAAUUGUUCCCAAGUACUUGACAACAGAAGGGGCUGAUGUAGAAACCAAAAGAAUGCUCUCCAUUAUUGAUAAAAUUUGCCCAGAGCAAGGCUUAGACAGUCAAAAUUUCAAAUGUUGCGCCUGUGGACGUCCAGUUGGAAUGAUUUAUGGUAAAGCACGUGUAUGCAAUUUCGAUGGCUACAAUUAUUGUUACGAUUGCCAUGAGAAUGACGAGUUUUACAUUCCAGCUCGAAUGGUUCACAGUUGGGAUUUUAAACAGUAUCCUGUAUCAAAAAGGUCUCAUGCUUUUUUGUUAAGAAUGGUCAAAGAUCCUAUCUUAGACAUAAAGAUCAUAAAUCCUUGUCUGUAUAACGCUGUUGAAGAAAUGGCUCAGAUGCAGUUAUUGAGGACCCAGUUGACAUUCUUGCGCUCUUACAUCUUCACCUGUAAAGAAUCCAUUGUGGAGGAAUUAAGAACAAGGUUGUGGCCUCGAGAAUACCUGUUUGAGCAUGUGCAUUUAUAUGCUAUUGAUGAUCUUUUAGAAAUUCCUAAUGGAACUUUAGCUAACACUCUGCAGAAAAUUAUUGUUUUUGCUAAGAAUCAUGUCUCAAAAUGUCAGUUGUGCCUUUUGAAAGGUUUUAUUUGUGAAGUAUGUAACAAUCCUAAGCCCAUUUAUCCGUUUGACGUCGAUUCCACGUACCAUUGUGAGAAAUGUCUUGCAGUGUAUCAUGCCACUUGUAUGGAUGCCAACAAGUUCUGCCCAAAAUGUGCUCGUAGGUAUAAAAGGCAACAACUGCUUGAAUCUGCUUCCACUGACUGA